CGAUCUUCACUCGACAUCUACAUUCGCCAUCCCAAACCCUCAAGCCUUUUCGUUAUCUUCCGUCUCCUCUUCCUCUUCAACUACACCUCUCUCGACAUCCGCAUUUGAUUCUGACUCCAUGUUAAUCGACGAAAUACCACUCUUUAUGAAUCCGAGUGCGAUCGAUUCAUUCAACGCAAACCCAAACCAAUUCCAUCAUAAUCGCGGAGAAGUCUUACCACCGUUCAUGACAGGACGAAAUGCUGCAACCGCUGGCGUUGUCAGAGGAGGCACGGUGACUGGUACGAGAGAGAAGAUUAUCAGAGUUGGUGGGUUUGGUGGUCACAUGGUUUAG